CUUCUGCCAGCUGCCCGUCACACUCGAUAGCAAACAGGUGGGCAGAUGAGCGCGGGGCGGGUGGGUGACACUCAUCGGUCUGUCUGUCGUGUGGGGGUCUGUGUAGGCGUAUUUGGCCGACGCGCGUGUGGUGGCGCUGUGGAAGAUGAUGUGUCGACACGUCAACUUCGGCGGAAACUACAGCCGUUUUGAGCUGUUCGACCAGCCGGGCGGCGGUGUGCGCGCCUCCGAGACCGGCCGGGCUUCGAGGUGGACGUCAACCCCCCCCUCCCCCCCACCCACCCGUACCAGCCACACAUCAUCUACGACCACCCGCCCGUCAGGUCUCGAAUCGAGCGGCAGGGGGGCAGCUGGACGGCCAGUGGUGAUGCGCUCACUUACGCCUCGGCGUCGGCGUUCAUCAUGAGCAUAAUCAUGCGCCCUCCACUGGCCAAUCUGGGCUGGACUCCUGGGGUUUACGCGGACCGGUACGAAGCAACACCACACAUACACGUUCAUCCGGAUCGAUGGGUAUCUCCUCUGUAUUUGUGUCUUCAGGAAUGCUCACGGCGGUGUGCUGGACGGUCUCCUGACCCACUCGCCCCACCAGCCGCCCGGCGGAUGCACGGCCGUCGUGGCGGGCAGGUGGGACGAUGGCGAUCCCCCUUCUGAGUUUCGGUUUCUGCUCCUGACGUCAUUCGACAUGCCAUUCGCCGCCUGUACCAUUCUCGGCAGCAGUGUCGACACGAACAACGGUGAGGAAGAGAUAGCAGAUCUUCUGUGCUGAUGAAGCCAUUGUUUGGCGUGUGCUGUUCGCUGCCUGCAGUGCUUGUGCGUGUUGUCACCAACGAGCCACCAGUAGUUGCUGCAUCGGCUGCCCUUCUUAAGGACCGCCGGCCCGCUACCGUCCCUCUGGUGGGCGGCGCGUUGGGCAGCCCCAUCGCAGACAUGGCUCUCAGCCAGCCGGAAGAGGAGGAAGAUGAUGAGGGUGGGUGUGCAGCCGGCUGCCUCUGUCUCUGUGUGUCGGAUGAAUCGGUGUGUGUGUGUGUGUGUUGUCGUUGGGCUCAUUCGUAUUUCUGCGGUGUGUGUCUAUCUGUGCAGAUAUGGAUGGCAAUGGCAAUGGCAAUGGCGAUGGCCAGCACCAGCAGGAAGUGGAUGGUGUACGGGUGGAGGAUGGCCAGGAGGACAAGAGUAGUCGCAUCCACACAGCUAGCGGCCCCAUCUGGCGCAUCCAUGUAGUUUUGACAGAUACAUACGUUUGCCUUGAUGUGUCCGUCCAUGUGUGUGAUGUGUCCAUGUUUUGUGUCUGCAUACCAACGGUUGGAUUGGUGAGUCGGUCAAAUGAAUCGGGGUGUGUGUGUGUGUGGUCUGUGUGGUGUGUCCAGCCCGUCUCUCUGCCUCUCUCACUCGGAUGUGGUGUUGUGUGUGUGUGUGUGUGUGUGCAGAGAAUGAGGGUGAAGGGGAGGAGGGUGAGGGGGACGGCCACGAGGAAGUGGCAGAGGUAGAUAGAUAGAUAGCGCAGCGCCGCCUCGGUGCAUCUGCGAGACAGACAGACGUAGCCCUACACACCGGACUUAUCGAUCCCAGACAUACACACACGCACACACACACACACACACACACACAAGUCGCCCCACCCCCUACACCACACCACACCACACGCGUCUCCCACGAAGGUUUGCCCAUCUGAUCCAAUAGAUCUGAUCCGUCUGAGAGAAUGUGAGUGAAUGCAAGCGCUGCGUGACACACAAGUCGCUGUUUUCGCUCGUGCUGCGCCGGCUGUACGUAUAUGUGCGUGGCUGUAUAUGUGCGAGGGUGUCGAUGGUGGGUGGGUGGCAUGGCGUGUGAGAGGGCGGGAGAGGGACUAUAGCUGGUGGAUGCAUUGCAUUGACGGAUGGAUGGACGGAUGGCCACAUCGAUGGAUUCCUGCGGUAUGCGUCAACCACUCCCGACACGGGCAGGCGGUGCCGACAAGGCGUACGCAAUGGUGUCUGUCUGUCUGUCCCGCCUGAUCGCUGCCUGCAUUUUGUAUUUCGACGUACGUCUGUGUCUUUGCAACUUGUUGGGCUGUGUGCAGACUGACUGAGACAUGACAUGGUCACUUGAUUCACUCGUUGAAGCGCGUGUGGGUGG